UUGGACAUUCACAUUGUACAGGCAGAGCUGAUCAUCUGGGGAACAAUCAGCAUCCUUACAAGCAAUGGAAGAAAUUUAUGCCAAUAUUGAACCUGCCAGUCCAAAACGUUCAACGAAUCACACUGGUCCGAGGAGUUCUAAGAGGAGGUUUCAUUCAGUUGAUUUUCUCUGUUUGGGGCUGCUGAGUGUUUUCCUGCUGGUUGGACUCGUCACCCUCGGUGUCCUCUACCAUGACUCGGCUGUAGAGCUCUCCGCUGUCAAAGAAAACCUGACUGAGCGUCUGCAGGCCAGUAAUGAUGAACUUUCCUCCAUGACAGAAGAGAGAGACCAGCUGAAAGCCAACCUCACUGAAAUGACUAAAAAGCGGGACAGACUUGAGAGUUUGUCCAAACAAAAGAAAACGUGUCCUGCAGGAUGGAUCACGUCGGGUUGUACCUGUUAUCUCCUCUCUCAAGAGUCUGGUUCCUGGGAUGAAGGCAGGAAGGACUGUAAAGGCCGAGGAGCAGAUCUGGUGGUGAUAAACAGUCCUGAAGAACAGGUACAGUGUGAUUUAGUGUGUUCGCAAAUGAAUGUGAAAAUUCAUCCCCUAUAAAUCCUCUACGUACAUCAGUUUGCCCAGUUUUAUAGAAAGUAUUGGCGUGUUCCCUUCCAGCAUGUUUUAAUGAAGCCAUUGUAUGUAUUAGAUCAGUUUUUCCAAACAUUAAAACGUGCCUAACAACA